AUGGCGAGCGUGGCCGCCACACUCGGGUACAGCCAGUCGUCGGCGGGAGCUCAGUUCUGGAGCGAGCCUCUGCGAACGUACGGGGUAUUUGCUAGCACUGAUGGCGAUGACGAUGAGUGGAUCGCGCUCAUCAGGGCCAUGGCUGCGGCAGGCAUCACAGGGCCGCUCGGGCCGACUGGUGACAUCGGUGUCGAGCUUGUGUGGGACGAGGGAGAGGAGCUUGCCCACGCUUUUGACGGCGGGCCGCUCUGCGUUGCAGCCAUGGCGAUGCUUGCUGGUGCCGUCAACCUUGGCAUCGAGCUGCUCGACGCUGAGGCGCCUGGGACGGUUGCAGGCCAGGUUCUGGCCGCCGCCGCCGCUGUCGACGAGCCGCAUCUGGUGCACCGGCUGAUGGAAGAGGGCGUGGACCCGAGUGCGGGAUGGGACGCUGCCCUGCGAUGUGCGGCUCGGCGUGGGUACGCUGGCGUAGUGGCGGCCUUGAUCGUCGACGAGCGUGUCGAUCCCUCGCGAUGCAGCAGCGAGGUGCUACGGUCCGCAGCGAGAGCCGGCCACACCGACGUCGUCUACCACCUCCUUGCCGACGGGCGAGUCGAUGCCAAUGCGAUGGACGGAAUCGCAAGGGCAAGUGCAGUGCGAGGAGGCCACGAUCAAGUUGUUGCCCUUCUCGACCGCGCGGCUACACACGGGUAA